AUGCACAAGACAACAUUGCUUGACAAGAUGGAAAGUGGAGACCAAAAAGAUGCAAGGGAUAUUAGCGAGACCAUUGAAGACGUUCUGCCAUCGAUCGAUCCCGCUGCUGCUGAGAAGAAACUGCUGCGCAAGAUUGACUUGCGGUUGAUACCGAUCUUGUUUGUGCUUUAUCUCUGUGCUUUCAUUGACCGAGUCAACAUCGGCAAUGCUCGCAUCCAGGGCCUGGAGGAGGACUUGAACAUGAAAGACGAUGACUUCAACAUCGCAUUAUUCAUCUUCUUCAUACCUUACAUCCUCUGCGAGGUGCCAUCAAAUCUUCUCGUGAAAAAUCUUCGACCUUCAUGGUACCUCGCAGGCAUUAUCUCGUCGUGGGGCAUCGUCACGAUUGGAGAGGGAGUGACCCAGUCCUAUGGUGGCUUUGUGGCCUGUCGUUUUCUCCUUGGAAUUUUCGAAGCAGGUUUCUUUCCGGGUGCUGUGUACCUAAUCUCCAUGUAUUACAAAAGGCACGAGCUCCAGCUCAGGGUCAAUCUUUUCUUCUGUGCCUCGAUUCUGUCUGGCGCAUUUUCAGGACUGCUUGCAUACGGUAUCGCGCACCUCGAUGGCCGGGCAGGCUAUAGCGGAUGGAGAUGGAUCUUCAUCAUUGAAGGUGCUGCGACAGUUGUAAUUGCGAUAGUCUCCGCCUUCAUCACUCCUGAUUGGCCUCACACGGCCAAAUUUCUGACCGAACAAGAACGGACCCUCCUGGAACAUCGUCUUCGCCUGGAUGUGGAAGGUGUCGCCAUGAAUUCGUGGGACAAGAAAGCCGCCAAGAGAUCCUUCGGCGACCCAAAGAUCUAUUUCGGUAUCUUCAUGUUCCUAGGUAUCACUACCACGACCUACAGCGUAGUGUUCUUCACGCCCACCAUUCUCAAGCAGUUAGGAUGGACUUCAAUUCGAGCUCAGGUCAUGUCAAUCCCCGUUUUCGUUGUAGCCGCAUUGCUCACGCUGACCUCGGCGCUGAUCUCUGAUUUCCUGAAGCAACGAUACAUUGUGCUUCUAGCGGGGUGUCUUCUGGCAAUUAUUGGCUACGCAAUUCUGUUUUGCAUGCAUCAAGUCCCCGUGGGUGCUCGAUACUUUGCGGUAUAUCUCAUUACUAGCGGCGGUUUCGUCGCGCAGACUAUCACCAUCGUCUGGUUGAGCAACAAUAUGGGCGGCCACUACAAACGCGCAGUCGGUGUCGCGAUGCAGGUCGGAUUCGGCAGUAUAGCAGGUAUUAUUGCCAGCUUUAUUUACCUUCCUUCGGAAAUACCCACUUAUCACACUGGCUUUGGGACUGGGCUUGGUUUAUUGAUCUUCGGAAUGCUGACAUCUACGGGAUUCCUCCUUUAUCUCCGAUGGGAGAACCAUAUACGUGAUGCUGGCCGGAGAGACGACAGGUACAAUCUUCCCGCAGAUGAAGUGAACAACUUGGGCGAUGACGAUCCAAAGUUCCGAUUCACCCUGUAG